GCGCAGUCAGAAAGCAAAGCCUCUCGGAGGUCCCGUCAACGGAGCAGGCACACUUUGGUGGCUUCCCCUCCGCGUUCCAAAGUGCUCGAACUUGGUCUUCCUCGCAUCGCUGUGUUCUCGCACCGCCUGGCAGACCCGUGCCUCGUCUCAUCUGUGGUAGCGUGUGCUUCACGGACUCUGCGAAAAUGCCUCCCCCGGCCCAGCAGCAGCAGGUGGACAUUGUCGGUGGCGCCGGCAAGGCUGUCAUCAAGGUUGUUCAUCGAUGCACGGACGCCACAGAGAACCAGAACCUGGACCUCUCCGAAUGCCAGCUGAUGUCGUUCCCGGACGCCAUCUUUCACCUGAUGAGGAACACUCGUGUUCUCGCCUGCGACCUCUCCAGCAACGUUCUCCGCAAGAUUCCGCCUAAGCUGCCGCUCAAGUUCACUCACAUCACAGAACUCAAUUUGUCUCACAACCGGCUGAGCAGCCUGCCAGAGGAGCUGAAGGAACUGCCGGAGCUUCGACGGCUAGACAUCUCGUACAACGACUACAUGUCCAUGCCUUGGGUCAUCUUCCGCCUUCCGAGGCUCACAUACCUUGACGCCCGCAAGAACUACAUCUCCGACGUGGAAGCGCCUCGGCUUCGUUCCGUGAGCACUCUGCGCGAGGUUCACCUGGAGGAGAACCCCCUGUCCGAGGACGCUUGCCGCCGGUUGGAGAACAUCUCGCAGAUGGUGAUCCACGUGACCCCUCCGGGUUCCUCCGACUCGGACGACGAAUCAUCGGGCGACGAGAAGUGAUGCCCGAUCGUGGUCGCCCUCUCGCUGCGCCAGCCGUGUGUGGCCCUUCGCCGCCCGCGAUCCUUCGGGUCGACACUCUGGGACCUUUUGAACUGUGCUGAUUUCCGGAAGUGGUCUCAUAUGCCAUUGGCCACCAUUGUGAUAUCGCGGUCGCUGGCUCUUGGAACGACACCCUUCGUACAUAGCACGCGCCACCCAUGUCCUUCUUGUCUGAGAGUGUCCGUAAGAUGUGUGACCUUGCUAGGCCACUGAUUUCCGCGUCAGAAAUGUCCGACACUUGCUGCAGGGCCCUGCUAUGAUAAACAGCGAGGAAAUUGCGUGCGCCUGACGUCAGGAAGUGGGCGUCGUGCUGGCGAGCAGUAACGCAUGUGCUCGCGUCCAUGACCUCGGUGUCAAUGCUUAGGAAUGUACCUACUCAAAAUUACACAGGGGGUUACAAGACGGCACACUAUUGUGAUAAUUAUUAUUCUCAAAAUAAUGUCAGGGUCUUGUUACAGCUCUAAUUCCAGUUUCCUUUGGACACUGGCCACAGCGGCGCCCUGCUUACGUUAUUGCCAUAAACGGCCGGUCGGAGUGCUGCGUGAGAAAAAAAAUAUGGCGUUAUUUCUGGCCCAAUGCAGCUAUGAAAACAUGCGAAUGACAAUGGCCUGAGCCGCCGUUUUGUCCAUGGCUCUUUGUUCUAUGAGCCCCUCGACAUGGAGAGCGUACAAGUCGCAAAUCUGGCCGAGCAGAUGACUGCGCCUCGGCGCGGGUAUCUGUCUGGCGACCAUUGCAGUCAUACUACCUGUCCAAGGUCUCAGCACGAAAGCGUUAGCCAAUCACCAAGGAGAACUUACCGCAUCUAUGAGGAAAUGGUACGACUGUCUCUGAGCGACAACUUAAAGAGGUAGCCUAGAAUACACUGGAUAAUGUUAAAGUUAGGUGACGUAUAUCGUUCUUCAUUUUUUUCAGCCCCAUCAGUGCGUUAAAUUAAUUUAUCUUUGACUUUUCAGUGCAAGCUGAGCCUAUAAGCUCCUUACGCUCAGCGAAGUUUGUCGCAGGUUCACGGAGUGGGGGUUUUUUUUAGGGAUGCGAUAGCUAAGCGAAAAGUAGGAAUGCGGAACAAUUUCUCCACCGAAAUAACACUACAGUUCGCGGAAGGCCACAGAUGCUCAAAGAAAAAAAAAGUAAGCGUCUCAUGUCUUGGAGGGCGGGUUGGACAGGCGUGAGUGGUCUUACAUUCUGUAAAUACUGAGGUCGACAACUCGGCCGUUCGUUAACGGAGAGCAUUGUACAUAUAUCCGUAGAGGCAAUAGAGCUAUUUAUUUCUCUGUACAUACAGAUACUUAUUUUGCAUACGAUGUUAACAAAUAUUAAGAGUGAGAGCUUUAUACGGCGAAUAUGCGGUGCCUUUUGGAUAUCCAUGCCAAUGUUUGGCCUUUGGUGGCACGUUUCGGUCAGGAAUGAUACACCGCUAUCUUCCACCAGAUGAAGACUGAGCAAACGGUGCAUUAAGCCUUCUCCAUACUCUGUACUGUGAUUUCCCGGACCUUUGGUGAGGACGUUUUGACCCGCGUAGCUAAUCUAAAAAAUGCCAAGUGUUUCCAUCAGACUUUUAAACAUGGGUUCAUGCUUUGCGUCACAGUCCUGCUGCUAUAAAUUCGACUUUUUUAGUAUUUGAAUUUAUCAACCUAGCGGUCAGUAUUUUCAAAAGCCCCUGGCACAAAAAGAAGCACAUCGCUACAGUACUUCGAGAUGCUGCACGAAGCUUUAGGUUUGAUGCAAGCAAAAUCGUCUGAUCACAGUGGCAAUUGUACGCGGCUUGAAUGACUCACGGUGCUUGCGUAUUUAACAAAAUAAUAAUUAUUCGGUAGCUUCUUCUCCGAGUGCUGUUUAAAGAAACAGAACACGUAUCAGCAGCCAUCGAAAUGUCUAGUCGCGACAAAAACAACACUGUGGCUUUGCUACAUUAUUGUAAAUAUGAACCGAGAGGCAUGCACAAAGCCCGCCGGAACGCCAUUCCAUGUCAUAGUAGACAGCCACAUGUGGCCCGAGUGUGACGAGCAUCUCCCUUCUUAAGUGUUUGGAUCGCAACACACGGCAUUGCAUUGAAGUCCAAGUGACGAAUUCGCAAAGCAAGACCCACUAUGUUGUGAUAAAUGUUGUGCUCGUUCCUUGUGUUCUACAUUGCGCGCGCAUCGUGGGCAGAGAUGUGUGGCCACAUACUCUAGUCAUAGGUGUGUUGGCGCAAUAAGACAGGUGUUUUGAGCCAUUGACUGGUUGCAAAAAAAAGGAGCUGACGAGCUGAAAACUGGUCACUUCGGACAGCUCGGAACAAAGGUGCCAACGCAGGCACCAUUACAGCUGUUCUGUGACAGCCCUGUUAGAGGCACAUCAAUGUUAUGUGAUCCAGCGAACAGCUCACUCCGAGCCAGUCAUUUAGGCCAUCGAGCUAUGGAAUGUAGAUAUUAAAAAGGUUAAAGCCUGGCACGAAUCCUUGGCGUAGCAGUUUCCGGCGAUCUCCACCAUUAUGUCACGGAGAGCUUCGCUACUUGCCGUAUUCAGCCGACUGGGUUCUUGUACGGUUUUUCUCAAGAGAAAAUACUCAGAGACAGCAGGUUGCAGGAGGCACAAGUCGUGUAUUUUGUGUUUAGUGGUUACCAUUGGCGUGCGCGUUUUCUAGUUGCGUUAUGUUAUUUUUGUGUUCAUUGUACGAUCAGUUGUGACUGCGUUCAGCUUUGUAUGAUAGCGUGAUUAAAAUGACGCUGAUAAUAGGGCGAUGAAGAUCACUGAUCUUCCAUGGGACAGCAAUGUCUGCAGAGUGGAAAAAAUGGAAAGUGACAUUGAAAGUGCAAUAAAUGUAU